CACUCUGUGACAUCACAAUGUCCAGCCCAGGCUCAACCCUGGCUACUGAGGAGAAAUUAUCUGCUCUAUUAAAGGUGGGACGCUACCUGAUGGAGCUAGAAGGAAUCAGCCAGCCAUGACUCUGGUUCAGCACAUUUCCAGCUAUUCUGGCUAGAACUGUGGGCCACCAGGCCCAGGAGGUUAUGGCUCCAUAUCUCUUUGGAAUCCAUCACUUUCUGCCGGUUCUGCUGGUAGCUGCCCUGGACCAGGCUGUUUCCCAUCGUGUUUCCCGGGCUAAUUAACAAAAGAGACAUCUUGAGCUAAUGUGAAUGGGGAACAACUACAGGCAACAUCAAGGAUCAACGUUCUGCUUAGAGACAUUCUGUCAAAUAAACACUUCUGUUGGACUUGACGUCUCCUUGGUUUAUCACAGCAAGUGCUUACUAGGGAUAAUCUAUUGGCUGAGAGAGUAGCAAAUCAAAAGUAACUCGACGCCAUUGAUUCGCUUAAGCUCGUGUGGGAACAAUGGAAAGAGGCAGCCGUUUCCUUUGAAAGAGCAGAACAGCAGUUUGAGAAAAUGGCAUGUAACAUACCUAACCAACGACAGCGGACAAUGUCAACAUCUGGAAAAGCUCUGUAUGAAAUUCUUGGUCUGCAUAAAGGAGCAUCAAAUGAAGAAAUUAAGAAGACCUACAGAAAAUUGGCCUUAAAACACCAUCCAGACAAGAAUCCAGAUGAUCCAGGGGCUGCUGAAAAGUUUAAGGAAAUCAACAACGCCCAUACAAUUCUUACUGACGUGUCAAAAAGAAACAUUUAUGACAAGUACGGAUCACUGGGACUCUAUGUGGCUGAGCAAUUUGGAGAUGAAAACGUUAAUACCUACUUCAUGCUGUCAAGCUGGUGGGCAAAGACUCUGUUUGUCGUCAUCGGCCUCUUGACCGGCUGCUAUUUUUGCUGCUGUCUGUGCUGCUGUUGCAACUGCUGCUGUGGACGCUGCUGGACUAAGUCAUCGAUGCCACAAGAGGACUUCUACGUGUCUCCAGAGGAUCUUGAGGAGCAGAUCAAGACAGACACAGCAAAAGAUAUGGACUUCCCAGUUGUUCUCCAGCCCACAAAUGCAAAUGAGAAAACACAGCUAAUCAGAGAAGAACCUCGAAGUUACUGUACAGACUCUUAAUACUGAGCCCAUUGAGGGUCUACAGUACCUCCUCUUGGUUCAGCCAUGUCUCCAGGUGGUCUUGUUGGGGGAGGGGAGGGGACAUGAAAUGCUGUGAACUUUUCCACAUUUGUAUUUUAUCUUUAGGUUAAGGAAAGAUGACUGCUACAUAAUUUUCUCAGUAUGCAGAUUCACUCUUUGAAUACAAUUCCUAAUGGAAACACACAUUCCAUUUUGAUGAAUAAAGGCCUGAAGAGUUGUUUUAUGUUCCUUGCCUGAGGUUAGACGUGGCAUUGGACAGGCUUUUUGAGCCUUCCCUUUAUAGAGCCAGACCUCAGUCCUCAUAGACUAAAGUUGUAUUCUGAAACCAAAGCCAUUUUUCAUCUAUUUAACUAAAUGCAGUAUUAACAUCUGCCUUUAAAUAUCAUCAGCAAAACAUACAUGAGAAUUUAGGAGGAACUUCUUGUUUGUGUAGAGAUUUUUCCUGUCAUAUACAAUAUGGCCACAGAAAUAUUUCAAGAGGCAAGAAGAAAUUAUU